GUUCUAACUGGAUCCACCAGAGUAACAAAUAGAAAACAGGGAGGAAACUUGUGAGAACUCUCUGGUGUUGUCUUGUUUCUGUUCUGAACUCCUCAUAAUGAUAUAAUGACUGACAUGAAGGAAGUAUUUGAGAAGCUAGCGCUGGUCAGCCAAUCAGAGCCGCGUGUGGGCGGGUCUGUGUCGUCACUAACCAGGAAGCGGCAGGUGGAAGUUACCGGUGAAGAGAAGCAGAUCGUGUCUGAGGGCGGAAGUGACAGAUCAGCUGAGCUUCAUGUUCCUGUCUGUUUCAGCUUCACUGUCCGGAUCUAACGACGGAGACAAAACUGAACCAUCAGCAGCCUGACACAGACUGUGCUCCUCGUCUGAAGCAGAUUCUCUGUGGGACUGAUCAGUGAACAGCAGAAGACAAACCGAGGACAAACAGUGUUGGAUCAGACGAAGCUUCGUCCUGAAGAAGCAUGGAGCUGUCACUGGCUCACCCGGCCCUCAAAGCCUUCAUGUGCGGCUCCCUCAGCGGGACCUGCUCCACGCUGCUGUUCCAGCCUCUCGACCUGAUCAAGACCCGUCUGCAGACGCUGCAGAGCGGCGUGCAGCCCGGGUCGGGCAGAGUGGGGAUGGUGACGGUGCUUCUGAGCGUGGUGCGGACAGAGAGGCUGCUGGGACUGUGGAAAGGAGUUUCACCGUCCUUUGUUCGGACCAUCCCGGGCGUGGGGAUCUACUUCAGCACCUUCUACUCUCUGAAGCAGCACUUCCUCCAGGACGGCAGCCCGGGGGCCACGCAGGCCAUGCUGCUGGGAGGCGGGGCCCGGGCGGUGGCGGGGGUCUUCAUGCUGCCGGCCACUGUCAUCAAGACACGCUUUGAAUGUGGCAGGUACGGGUACAGCAGUGUGAUGGGGGCUCUGCGCAGCGUGUGUCAGACGGAGGGUCCUGCAUCUCUGUUCUCUGGCCUCAUGGCGACUCUCCUCAGAGACGUUCCCUUCUCUGGUAUCUACGUCAUGUUCUACAGCCAGGCCAAGGCCUCGCUGCCAAGAGAAAUCAGCACGUCUCCGUCGGCCCCCCUUGCGAACUUCAGCUGUGGGAUCCUGGCGGGCGUGUUGGCCUCCCUGAUCACUCAGCCUGCCGACGUGGUCAAAACGCAGGUGCAAGUGAACCCACAGCUGAGGACGGCAGAGGCUGUCAGAUGCAUCUACAUGGAAUAUGGCGUCCAGGGCUUCUUCAGGGGGGCAGUUCCUCGGUCACUGAGGAGGACCAUGAUAGCCGCCAUGGCGUGGACGGUGUAUGAGAAGAUGAUGGCUCAUGUCGGACUGAAGUCCUGAAGGGGAACGUGGAUGAGUGAGGAGAUUCAAGUCAAGUCACUGUAUGAAGACGGUGAAGAGGAAGGAACUGUUUGGAGAUGCUGACUCUUGAGCAAAGACUCGUCAGAAUGAGCGACGUGCACGUUGCAACAGAGCUGUGGAGAUUUAUAUAUGAAGUGUGUCACUGGGUUGUGGCAGAAGUUCAGGAAUCCAACUUCCUGCCUGUGCAAAGUAACUUUGGAGAAACUAAUAAUGACACUGAUUAUAUUUUAAAUCACACAACAAGUUUUUAAUCUCAGUGAACGUUUGGACUCCAUCAUUAAGUUCUGGAGAUGCAGUGGGACAUUCCUGAAUCUGUUGAUUUCAAAAAGACGUCAGUGAUCAGGCUCAGACGUCUGUGAUGCACUUUAACCUCGGCCGUUCUUUCAUGGAACAGUCUAACACCUGGAGAGACUCGUAAAUGCCUUUCUAAUAACACAGUGUAAUUUAUGUUCUUAUAUUUUAAUGUGAAAUUAAAUGUGCUUCUAAUCUGCCUUAAAUUACAACAUGUGUUUUUGCUAGUAAAGUAUUUCAUCUUUAAAACAAACGGGACUCAGUGUGAUGAACGACUCCGAAGCCGUCUGAAGAGAUGAGAUGGAAACAUACUGCUGUCAGAUCGUAAAGGCCAAAGACUCGUUACUGUGGAACAGAGAUAAGCUGCGGGGGGGAGGGGGGGGUGACCAGGCAUAAAAUAGUAAAGGUGGAGUGGAGGAGGGUCAGGCUAAAGUUAGAAAAGAAAGUAUUUCUAGUGUCUAUCUGCUGGAAACAGUUAAUUAUUGAUUGAUGACCAGAAAAUUACAUAAAAUCUGUGUUUACUAAACUUUAUAAAUGAACUAUGACUGUUUUUUUUAUUUACUGUGUCCUGUUCUUUACCCUCCAACUUUCCCAGAAAACGUCAAGUCAGUCCUUCAUGUGACAGAUGCCGUGCUCCUCUUCUCUGACCUUAUUUAUAACGACCUCUAAUGUCCUAACGACCUUCACCCAAACCCAGAGUUCUGCAGCCACAUAGUUUGAGACAGUUCAGUCGUGAAGCUGUAAAGUGUCCUCACGUGUUUACAGGAAGAAAGUAAAGUUUGUUUGUAUCGUACUUUUCACAGAGACGACUCACAAAGUGCUUUAAAGGCCCAACAGGUUAAAAACAGAGUUACACAAUACAAAUAUAAAAACAAACACAAACCACCUGAAAACCUGUUUCAACACUUUAUAUCCUACACAACUUUCUGCACAUGCAGGUUUCAUUGAGAUGAUUUAUCUACUUGUUGUGUAAGUGUGUCAACAUGAGGAUCUGUGCCUGGAACUCUUUAUCUCGAACAAAUAAAGUCGCUCCACAGGUCAUGUUUCACUGA